CUCGUUCGAUCUGUCAAACGGUGAAAACGAGUCGUCGGUCACUGUCGCGAAACGGAGCUAGCUUCCCAUCAGUGCUUGAUUUUGUGCCGAUUUUGUCCUCCCGGUAGUUUCGGAUCGAACCGUGAAAACACACCUCAUUGAAAAAUGUCCACCGUAGCGAGUGCCCUAUCUCUGGCAGGAACGCGCACAUCCGGCGCCCCGGUCCGAACGCAAAAUGUGAUGGCAGCGUCCUCGAUCGCCAACAUUGUCAAAUCGUCUCUGGGACCAGUCGGGCUCGACAAAAUGCUGGUCGAUGACAUUGGCGAUGUGACGGUCACAAACGACGGUGCCACCAUUCUGCGGAUGUUGGAAGUGGAACAUCCGGCUGCCAAAGUCCUGUGCGAGCUGGCUCAGUUGCAAGACGAAGAAGUGGGAGAUGGCACCACAUCCGUUGUGAUCAUUGCCGCCGAGCUGUUGAAGAACGCUGACGAGCUUGUCAAACAGAAGAUCCACCCAACAUCCAUAAUUGCCGGGUAUCGUCUGGCCUGUAAGGAAGCCUGCAAGUACAUUUCGGAGCAUCUGACCGCCCCGGUAGAUGAAUUGGGUCGUGAAACGCUCGUCAACGUGGCAAAGACUUCGAUGAGCUCGAAAAUUAUCGGAGCUGAUGCGGAUUUCUUCUCGUCCAUGGUGGUAGAUGCUGCGCAGGCCGUCAAGAUCAUCGAUCCCAAGGGAAAUCCGAUGUACCCGAUCAAGGCGGUCAAUGUUCUGAAAGCGCACGGUAAAUCCGCACGCGAAAGUGUGCUCGUGCAAGGUUACGCUCUGAACUGCACGAUCGCUUCUCAGCAGAUGCCGAAGAAGAUCACCAACGCAAAGAUUGCCUGUCUGGACUUUUCGUUGCAGAAGACUAAAAUGAAGAUGGGAGUGCAGGUGUUGAUCACCGAUCCCGAGAAGCUGGAAGGCAUCCGUUCGCGUGAGUUGGACAUCACCAAGGAGAAGAUCGAGAAGAUCCUAGCCACUGGUGUGAACGUCGUUCUGUGCAGCGGAGGAAUCGAUGAUCUGUGUUUGAAAUACUUCGUCGAAGCCGGAGCUAUGGCAGUCCGUCGUGUGAAAAAGUCCGACUUGAAGCGCAUUGCCAAGGCCACUGGUGCCGCGUUCCUGACCUCGUUGACUAACAUGGACGGUGAGGAGAGCUUCGAAGCAAGCUAUGUCGGUGAAGCGGCCGAAGUUGUACAGGAGUUCAUCUGCGACGAUGAGUUGAUCUUGAUCCGUGGUCCCAAGGCGCGCACCGCAGCUUCUAUCAUUCUGCGUGGACCCAACGAUUUCUACUGUGACGAAAUGGAACGCUCGAUUCAUGAUGCGCUGUGCGUGGCGAAGCGAGUGCUGGAAGGAAAGAAGGUUGUUGCCGGUGGUGGUUGCGUUGAAGCUGCACUUUCCAUAUCUCUGGAGAACUUUGCUACCUCGUUGAGCUCUCGGGAACAACUUGCUAUUGCCGAGUUUGCCAAAUCACUCUUGGUUAUUCCCAAAACAUUGGCCGUGAAUGCCGCUAAGGAUGCGACCGAUCUGGUGGCCAAGCUCCGUGCCUAUCAUAAUUCCAGCCAAACCAAGGUCGACCAUGCCCAUCUUAAGUGGUGCGGCUUGGAUCUCGUCGAGGGAAUUGUGAAGGACAACAAGAAGGCUGGAGUACUUGAACCGGCCAUGUCGAAAAUCAAAUCGCUCAAGUUUGCAACUGAAGCUGCGAUUACUAUCCUGCGUAUUGAUGACAUGAUCAAGCUGAACCCAGAAGAGAAACAAGGCAAGAGUUACGGAGAUGCGUGUGCUGCCGGAGAGUUGGACGGUUAGGACGGCAUCUCUCCUCCUUUGUACUCAAUUCGUUUUAAGUAAGUCUUUUCGCACGUUUUUCUUACUCUAUUGCUUACUGCUCACAACAGUGGCUUAUCAGAAGCAUUGUUUCCCCCCAUUAAAUAACACAAAAAAUGAACCACUUGCUUUCGAUUUAUGUACUGUGAAGGCGGGGUAGGGCACAUACCGAAACUUUGAGAGUAGAAGCAUCCCGUAGUCAGCGGUCUCAUUUAUUUCAUUUUAUCUACUACCGGAUCAUAACAACAAUAAGCACCCACACGUAAUAUAGUUGAUACCUAAUGAUGGUAAUAACAUUGAAA